CCGUUUCGGUAUACAUUUCUUUCACAGCUGUUAAACACUUUUUAAUGCAUUUAGAAUAGCUAAAUGAAGUACUGAAAUGUUCCAUCGCUAAUAUCUCUAGCAUUUUAUAGGUGUGAUGAAGCUAGUUUGAUUGUUAAAGUGAACUCAGCUCAAUAUCAAGGAGUUCAAUUUGGCAGACCCACUAGCAUGAAGAACACAGGAAAACUGAAGGGAAAGACCCUUUUUAUCACCGGCGCCUCCCGGGGAAUCGGUAAAGCUAUUGCUCUAAAGGCGGCUCGCGAUGGAGCUAACAUUGUCAUCGCAGCCAAAACCGCCGAGCCGCAUUCUAAGCUGCCCGGCACCAUAUAUACGGCCGCGGAGGAGGUCGAACGAGCCGGGGGUCGGGCGCUCCCCUGCAUUGUGGACGUACGCGACGAGCUCCAGGUGCAACAGGCUGUCGAGGCGGCGGUGGCCAAGUUUGGAGGUAUCGACAUCGUGGUGAACAACGCCAGCGCCAUCUCCAUUACCGGCACCCUCGAAACGGAGAUGAAGCGCUACGAUCUAAUGCAGAACAUCAAUGCAAGGGGAACUUUUCUUGUAUCAAAGUCUUGCCUGCCUUAUCUUCUGCGCAGCGAGAACCCACAUAUUCUGAACCUUGCGCCCCCGCUAAACCUGAGUCCCCGGUGGUUCGCCAACCACACCGCCUACACUAUCGCAAAAUACGGCAUGUCAAUGUGCGUGCUGGGCAUGGCAGAGGAGUUCCGCGUCCAGGGCGUGGCCGUUAACGCACUCUGGCCCCGCACCACGAUCCACACGGCGGCCGUCGAGAUGCUCCACGGAUCCGACGGGGCUCUGUACUCUCGAAAGCCGGAGAUAAUGGCUGACGCAGCCUACGUCAUAUUUUGCCGCGACUCUAAGGAGUACACUGGCAACUUUUUUGUGGACGACGAGGUCUUAAUGGAUGUUGGCGUGAAGGAUUUAUCUAAGUAUGCGUGCCACCCGGAGAACAUACACCUGUUGGCCACGGAUAUUUUUCUGGAUGAAAGUGAACCCUUGGCCAAACUUUAAUAUCAAGCGUAUACAUAUGUAUGUGUAAAUAUAAUAUUAUAUGUUUUGGUUGUUUUAAUGGCUCAUAAA